GUUACACAAAAAAAAACAAAAAUUUAGAAAGAAGAUUGAAGAUCAAUAUACCUGGAUUGUAAAUAAGCGAAAUGCGAUUCCUUGAUAGCAUCAGCCUGUUUUGAUCAAUUACUCGUGAAGAUUUUGACAGACUCUUGGAUUUCGAGGCUGUCUAGGAGCUGCAGCAAAGCACAAGAAGAAGAAGAAGAAGCCAGAAUACGAAAGCUGGGUCUAUGAUUCUCAUCACCGCCGCUGGAGUUCUGAAUGCUAUGAAUCGACGAAUGUAUCUUACUAGAAGCUCGUCUGCCAAAUUCAUUUCCGCAGGAACCCUAAAUCUUCGUUCCGGUUCCAAUUCAGAAGCAGCCAAUGCAACUUCUGAUUCUGAGUCACGAGUAUCAUCUCUAAGGAAGAAAAGGCUAAAGCAGGAGGAUCUGCAGCCUGUGGAGAACAGAGGAAUCAAUGCCCGAGAUGUGUGUGGAUUACCAGACAUAGAAGAGCUUUCUUACAAGAAGACAAAUGGAUCUCCUUCAUCUGGGACGUCAAAACUAAACUCACAUGUAAAUUCUGCAGAAACUAGCACUGCCGCAUCAUUGAUCAAAACAGCAGGCAGACCACCUGAAAAUUGGGAACAGGUGCUCGAGGGUAUUCAAAAAAUGAGAUCUUCAGAAGAAGCAACAGUUGACCCUGUAAAUUGUGAUAGAACCGGAAGCUUUUUACCUCCCAAGGAAAGGCGAUUUUAUGUCCUCAUAGGAACACUUCUAUCAAGUCAGACUAAAGAUCACGUAACUGGUGCGGCAGUAGAACGUCUUCGUCACAAUGGCCUUCUCACUCCCGAAGCCAUUGAGAAAGCUGAUGAAUCAACCAUAAAGGAAUUGAUCUACCCGGUCGGGUUCUAUACUAGAAAGGCUAAGAAUGUGAAGAGAGUUGCAAAUAUUUGUCUCACGAAAUAUGACGGUGACAUUCCAAGCUCUUUGGAAGAACUACUCUCACUUCCAGGAGUUGGUCCUAAGAUUGCUCAUCUGGUUUUGCAUAUAGCAUGGAAUGAUGUUCAAGGGAUAUGUGUAGACACACAUGUGCAUCGUAUUUGCAAUCGACUUGGUUGGGUCUCUAAACCAGGAACAACAAACAAGAAAACGUCGUCCCCUGAGGAAACUAGAGUAGCUUUGCAACAAUGGCUUCCAAAAGAAGAAUGGGUCGCUAUUAACUUUCUUUUGGUUGGUUUUGGACAAACGAUAUGCACACCGCUAAGACCACGCUGUGGAAGUUGUAGUGUCAGUGAGCUUUGCCCUUCCGCUUUCAAGGAAACCCCAAGCUCAUCAUCCAAAUCGAAGAAAUCUAUCAAAAGCAAGAAGCUUUAAUUGCUUUGGGUCUUGAAUAUCCCUCUACAUCAUCUUCUAACCCUUUUUUUUUAUUAGUUCUAUGUAAAAGAUCAAUUGUAUCCAAGAAAUUGUAUUGGUUUAUGGGCAGAAAAUUGUAAAUCUGUAUACCAUUAGGUUUUAUUAAUUAUGAAAAUACGCUUACGCUAUAAUUCAAGAACUCAAGAACCGUUCAAGGUUUUUUUC